AUGAACGCAUGGUUCAGGGACGACAAGGGCUACGUUCUGUACCCUCAGAUCGGGGACCGGCUGGACCUCAUCUGCCCCCCGCUGGACACCGCCAGGUCCACGCCAGAGUACGAGUUCUACAAGCUCUACCUCGUGUCGUCGCGAGAACAGGCGGACCACUGCGAGGUGACCGGCGCCCCCAACAUCGUGCUGACCUGCGACGAGCCCGCCCGCGAACGUCGCUUCACCAUCAAGUUCCAGGAGUUCUCGCCCAACCUGUGGGGCCACGAGUUCAAGAGCAUGCACGACUACUACAUCAUCGCUACAUCAGAUGGGACGCGUCAAGGCCUGGAUAGCAUGAGAGGAGGAGUGUGUGCCACGCAAGGCAUGAAGGUGGUCCUGAAAGUGGGGCAGAGCCCAUAUGGGCUGCCUCCGAAGAAGGAGCCGCCAGCGGGACGCACCACCAGCAGAAACCCAGGCGGAGCAGGGAACUCCACCCAGUCUCGAGGACCCAACAGCUUUGGGAGCGAGGGCAGCGGUGAGAACGGGCCCCUUCAACCCUCCAACAUCGCCCUCAUUGCCGGCGCGGCAGGAGGCUCUGCCUUCCUCCUGCUGGUGACCGCCGUGAUCUGCGUGGUGUGCUACAGGCGGCGGCACGCUAAGCACUCGGACACCCACCACCCUCCGCUGUCGCUGUCCUCGCUCACCAGCCCCAAGCGGGGAGGGGGCGGAGGCAUCAGCAGCUCCAACAACAACGGUUCCGAACCCAGCGACAUCAUCAUCCCACUGAGGACGUCGGACUCAGCCUACUGCCCGCACUACGAGAAGGUGAGCGGAGACUACGGGCACCCCGUCUACAUCGUCCAGGAGAUGCCGCCUCAGAGCCCGGCCAAUAUCUACUACAAAGUAUGAGACGGCCGCUGCUCUGGCCGACUGGACACAUCCACCUCCCUCUACCCGUUACCGACCAAUCCCCUGCUCCAAAUGAAGCCACAGCAAAGCUCACCAUCACAGCUCCGACCCUGAGCCUCUCAAUACUACCAGUAUUGCCCCAUGGACCCUCCCCCAAAUCACUGCCCCGUGAGCCCGGCCACAGUUGUGUUUUAGCUGAAUAAACCACCCCACCCCAUUCCCACACAACUGGGCCACCAAGCGUGUGUUAAGGGCAAAGUCGUAGCCCUUCUUAACAAGGCCCUCACGAAUGGGCAAGAGCCUCUGAGUGCCCCCUUCUUGUUAACUCAGAGCUAAACGAGACCCACCCGUGCUGAAUUGAAGAGUCGUCCCCAUACCGCCAGCGUGUGUAUGUGUGUGUGGCAACACACUUUGUUUCUAGGAGUAUGGACCUGGCGUUGGGACUUGAGAUGUUUUACAAAAGAAAAAGAAAAAGAAAAGGACUACAACUAAAAAAAACUACACCCUUGAUCCCACUUAGCGCCAGAGAACUCUGAUUCCCAGAGGCCAUACCUGCCUAGCCCAACGCCCCACCCCUCAGAGCUCCAUCAGCCAACCAGAGACCGGCCCCUGCCACUAACUCACCAAUAGGAUUCUAGUUUGUUUGUGUUCGUUUCUCCUGAGAAAAUAGGGGGCCUCGGACUCACUCAAUCAGCAAGCCCCGGGCGGCGGUCACAUGACCAGGCCCAGGCCUGAGGAGGUCUGACCAAUUGGUGACACUCAGAAUCUUGUAUAUUUUAAUAAUGUGCGUGUGUGACGGCGCGAGUGUGCAUACAACUUGGAUAAUAAUUAUGGCGCUGCUGCUCCACAUUAGACGUGUGCGUGCAGUUAGUGUGCUUUCAGUACAGCAAGUCUGCAUAUGAGUUUGCAUAUGCACGCGUGGGGUUUAGUUUGUGUGUGUGUGUACGCUUUGUGUGUGAGUGACUGUGCGUACGCGUGCGUUCUUUAGACUUGUCUUAAAUACCAAAACACAAAAUAGUGAGCGAAUAUCAAAAAAGUGAGAUUUUUUAUCGCUAUCAACACUUAUAGAUUAUAUAUAUGAAUAUCCAGUAAAUAAUUUCUAGAUGUUUUUUUUCUGUUUUCUAUUGUUUUUAUUAUUUUUACCCACUCUCUUAAACUACACUUCUGUUGCUAGACAUUUUUUUAUCUGCUGUUUUUGUUUUUUUUCCACAACUUAGAACGACCUUGUUUCCUGCCUUUUCCCUUUGCGUUGUAUAUUAAUUUAAUCCCUUUUUAAUUUUCCCGGCGAACAGAGGUUGUGUCUCUCUUCCUCUCUUCCCUCUCUCAUUCACUCCCUCCCUCCCUUUUUCUCCCCACCCCCCCUCCCACCCCUCUAGGGUCUCUGAACUCUGUGUAUAUUUUUAUAGCUCCUUGUACUAUGCUGUAGUUUUGAAGUUUAGACCUCGUUUGUGGAAGUGUUGAGGUAGAACCAUCUAUGAAAGUUUUUUUUUUUUUUUUUCAAACGCUUUUUUUCAAACGCAGAAGUGAAAAGAAGUGAGGGGGGGGAGGGGUGGUGAUGGCGGGGUAGAGGGGGGGUGAGAGGGGAUGAAAUGAAAAAGAAGAAUAAAGGGAAAAGAACAGGGCGAGAGAGAGUGCUGUCUGGGGAGGAGGAAUAAAGCGGCGUCUGAAUGCAGAACUUUAAAAAAAAAAGAGAGAGAGAAAGAGAGGAAGGGAGGGAGGGAGACAAGGAAAGAAAAGACUGUGAAGGAAUUGCACACUAAAGAAAAAGAAGCUGAGGGGAGGGGAAGGAUGGGAGCGGCAGGAGUGAGAGAUGAAGGAUCCCAAGGAAGGAAGGAUGGAGAGAGCAGAUGACACAGGGACUGGCGAAAGGAGAGAAACAUUUUCUUUGAACAGAGGGGUCUGAGCCUCCUCAACGAAGGCGACGGAACCAACAGCCAAAACGGAUUUCGGAGGAGUUGAACUUUAACCACGGAAAGGAGAGAUCUCAUCACUCACUCUCUCACACACACAGACACACAUCUACUGUGACUCGGUCACACUUAACGUGAGGUGGCACAUUUCAGAUUUGCUCCUCCUUUUCCGCCAAAAUUUGUGUUGAAAUGCAUCUCACACACACACACACACACACGCUCUCUCGUUUAUUAUAACGACACACACACAGUACAGUCCUAGCUGCGGACGCACACAGGAGAAAUCACACAGGAGAACUCCCCCCCAGCAGUCGGUACACUCUGUUUGACACACACCCCCCCUCCCACAAAACCUAACACAAAUUUCACACCUUUUAAUGACUGUCACAAAUGCCUACUGAUUGCAUUGAAUGACAUACAUUCUCUCUCGCUGCCGCUUGCUUUCUCACACACUUUCACCCACACUUGACAGAAACGCUGAUUGCUUUCAUAUGACUCUAUUUCUGUGAUUAAGACUAACCCGAUGGACACGGGAGGGAUGAAAAGAGCGUUUGUGUGCCGUGUGUUUUCUCCUCUCUUUCACACGCCCUCACGCACACACACUCACACAAACACGCAGUGCCCAGCACCUCGACCUCGAGGGCAAUAACACAACGCUGUGUUCAGAGGUGCAAUAUGUUCACAUGUGCAUACUAAAAAAAAGCUGUUUUGUGUUGCUCAAACAUGUUUAUGGCUUAUGUGUAAAAUGGGUGGCAGUGGAGAGCUUAAGCUUUUUAUUUUUCCUUUCAGACACAUAAGGCCUCCAGUGAUGUAGCCAUGUUUUCUGUGUGAAGCCAGUGUUAAAUCUGGACCUUACAACAUUUCUCAGCUGUGUUUUGUAUCAGUAUCUAACAUCAUAUAAUGAGAUAUCUUUCAUACUUAAGUGUCACAUUCGUCCCAAAUGACUUUGUUCAAAACACGAUGAUGAUGUUCAGAUAUGUUUUUAUACCAUGAAUGAGUUUGGAUUGUAUUUGACUGUAUCGAAAUUGAUUUCAAAGAUGAAAAUGAGGCUGGAAACACCUCAAAUUCUUCUUUUUGUACAACUACCGACUUGUGUUUUGUUUCUUUUUUAUGUAUGCUGUUAAGUCUAUGUCUAUUUAAACAUGCUCAGAGUACCUAAAAUAUCCUCCAAGCCAAAUGAAGUGUCUGUUUCUCUCUCUUCAACAACUUCUGCAACUCUUUGGAGCACUCCGAUCCAAAAUGACAGUGUUUUUCAUCCGAAAAUGGCCUCUGCCUGCGAGGGGGGAAGCAAAUCUCCUCGGACUUUACGGCGUCAACUCUGACGAAGAAGCCACUGCCCCGUUUUCAGUCCAUUUCGCUCCCUGUCCCCCCUCCCCCUCAGCAGAAUGUCAAGUAUCUCUCGGACUCAGUUUUUUUUCCUUUCUAUUGUUUGAUUUCCAUGUCGAUGUUAUUUCAAGUUGUGUCUCUGGCUCUCACUGUUUGUGUUUGACUGGUCGACUCAACGUGUUUCUAAAAACCACGGACACAGCCACUGGUUGUCAUGUUGAAAAGAGAAAGAAGAAAAGUGCUGUUUCUAUGGAACGGGGGAGAGAGAGAAAAAAAAGCAGCAGCUACCGCCUAGCUCCCUCACCUCUACCGUUGGUGAAAGUGUGUAUGUGUGUGUACAUGUGUGUGAGUGUGCGUGUGUGUUUUUUUUGUGCCAAUAGACAGCAAGCGGAGGCCGCGGAGCGAAGGUGGCUCUCGUAUGUAACGUGUUGAGACUUUGUAUUUGGGACACCUCUGUGUGAGAAGGGUUUUUUUGUGUCCUCUCCUCCUCUUCUUCUCUCCUCCUUACCCCUUUGUCUACUCAUCACAGCGACCCCUUCCUUCCUCCCCUCCCUCCCUGCCCCUCCCCCCCAACACACCUCAAAAGAGAGGAAAAAACUAGUACAUUCCUGGUUUGGAAAAAAAGGUUGAAUAAAAAAAACAAACAAAAAUGUUUAA